AUGGAAGAUUUACAGAUUUUAUUACAAUAUGAUGGCUCAUGGGAAGAUAAUUCAUCUUAUUCAAAUUAUAGAGUAUCUGGAAUCAUAUUACCAAAGAAUUGUAACUUCACAAAUCUUGUUGAUAUAAUCUCUACUGAAAUGAAGAUUCAGCUUAAACAAAAUAAAUUAGUUAUUAAGUACAAAAUCAGUGAUGAUUGUCCUCCAAUAAGUAUUGAAGAUGAUGCAGGUCUUACAUUCUACAAAGAGCUUAAGAGAAAAGAUAAUGACAUUACAAAAUAUAGAAUAUGUGUAACAUUAGAGAAAAAGAGGAAAAUAGUCUAUUCUAGUGAGACAUCAAAUGCAACUGUAAACCAAGAUAACAUGGAAUUGGUUUUACAAAAUAACAUGUUGUCUAUGGAAGGAGAAUCUUCAGCAUUAAGAGAGACAUCAGAGAAUAGCAUGAAUAUGAUUGAAUAUGCAAAUCUUUUAUCUGAUAUUGGAGAGACAUAUCUUGAGGAAGACUUCCAAGAAUUUGUUCAAGGUUCAAGGGAUAUAGAAAUUGGGAAAAAGUACAGGGAUAAAAAUUCAUUGAAGAGUGAAAUAAGCCUCUAUGCACUAUCAAAACAUUUUCAAUUCAAGGUAAUCAGAUCAUGCACAAGGCAAUACAGGUUAAAAUGUGUUGAUGAAGAAUGUCAAUGGAAUCUAUACGCUUCAAAGAUUGGUUACACAAAAGCAUUUGUGAUCCGCAAAUUUGUUGAUAUUCAUACUUGCCGUUUGGAAAAGAGAAUGGGCAGUCAAUGUCAAGCUAGUUCAACCGUCAUUGCAAAUAUUAUAAAACAUAAGUUCAUUGAUGUGAAGACGAUUUAUACACCAAAUGACAUUAGGCGAGACAUGAAAAAUGACUACAGUGUUGAUAUGGACUAUUGGAGAGCUUGGAGAUGUAGAGGAAAAGCUAUUGAUCUAAUAAGAGGAACACCAAAAGAAUCAUUUGCGCAACUUCCAAGUUAUUUACACAUGGUAAAAACAACAAACCCCGGAUCCUAUGUAAAAUUAGAAACUGAUGAAGAUUCUGCUUUUCUAUAUGCAUUCAUGGCACUCAAUGCAUCAAUAAAAGGAUGGAAACAUUGCAUGCCUAUUGUUGUAGUGGAUGGAACAUUCUUAAAAGGUCCAUAUGGUGGAACACUACUUGCGGCUUCGACCCAUGAUUCAGCUGGAAAAAUUUUCCCUCUUGCCUAUGCAGUGACAGACUCUGAGAAUAACAAUUCAUGGAAUUGGUUUUUUGAAAGUAUGAUGGAAGUUUACGGUGUGAGAGAAGGAAUGUGCAUAAUUUCAGACCGACAUGAAAGCAUAAAAAAUGCAAUAACAGAUGUGUAUGGUGAAGAAGUUAAACAUGGGAAACAGAAUUUAACUACCAAAUUGCAGAAAUGGAUGCUUUGGACAGCCGAGUAA